UUGUUAUCGACAGAUGCCAUCUGAAAUUAUUAGUCAUUCAUCUUUUUAUCAACUAGAUAAAUUAUCUCUUCUUUAACUACACCUGAAGAGCACUGGUGCAAGUUUUAUUUCCUUUUUUUUUUUUUUCUUUCCUCUGGUCUAAUCUUACACCUAAAGCUGGUGCUCGCAGGUUAAACAAGGGACAAGCUGUUUUGUUUUCAACAGUGCUAUUUCAAUUGGGCAGUUUUCCUGCUCGACUUAGCCUGUGGAGGUGGUUGGUAGGUAGGCUGGUACUAAGUGUGUGUGUUGUGUACGUGAGGACAGUGUGUGCAGCUGAAAGCCGGUUACCUAAAAGGGCUGUGCCAGGCCAGGCCAAAGUGGGUUAAUAAAAAUAACCAGCGUAGGAGCAGCGACAAUCCAGGAGUGCAGGCAGAGGAGUUAGAGAGAUACAGAGAGAGAGAGAGAGAGAGCGGAGAGACAGAGUGGAAGAAUCUGUCGCUGGUGGUUAACAAUUACUGAUUAAGUCUUUCUCUAGGUUAUGAGGACGGCAGGAUGGAGUUCCCAGACCACAGCAGACAUUUACUCCAGUGUCUGAGUGAGCAGCGGCACCAGGGCUUCCUGUGUGACUCCACGGUGCUGGUGGGCGAUGCCCAGUUCCGUGCACACCGUGCUGUGUUGGCCUCCUGCAGCAUGUACUUUCACCUCUUCUACAAGGACCAGUUGGACAAGAGAGAUGUGGUGCAUCUCAACAGCGACAUUGUCACAGCCCCGGCCUUUUCCCUGCUCCUGGAGUUCAUGUAUGAGGGCAAGCUGCAGUUCCAGGACCUUCCCGUAGAGGAUGUGCUGGCAGCAGCCAGCUACUUGCACAUGUAUGACAUUGUCAAGGUGUGUAAGAAACGUUUGAAGCAGAAGGCCACAGCAGAGGCAGACAGCACGCGCAGAGAGGAUGAUGGUGGGUCCAGCUGCUCUGAUAAGGCCGACAGUCUAUCAGAUGGUUCGACCGGCCGGCCUGCUACUGCCGACCUGCUGCACAGUGAUGAAGAGGAAGAGGGUAAGGCAGAGGGUGGACCACUGUGGAUGAGGCUGCCAUCUGCAGACAGACCAGGGACACCCGCCAUGGCUACAACCAGCCCAGGGCACGGCGAGGCGGAGACGCAGGGUGGGGAAGGGCUGGGGGAGGGAGCGAAGCUGCUCUCCCCGGCCGGCAGCCCCACCAGCUCCACUGGAUCCCUCUCACAGAGGUCCCACCGCUCCGUGAGCUCUCGUGGAGGGCACAGGGGCAGGAGGGUGUCAAAUGAUGCGGCUGAUUGUGUCCUGGACCUGUCUGUCAAGCCGAUUGCCAGUAGCAACCACAGUAACCACCACCAGUCAUAUUUCAGCGGAGCAGCUACACCAGACAGCCUCCAAAGCCCAUUGGCUGUGAGGGUGAAGGUGGAGAGGGGUGUGGCUUCCGACGAGGAAGAGGAACUGGGAGGUGGGGACUAUGACAUGGAGCACAGUGGCCUCACCAAGGCGACGGUUCCCAGCGCCAACGGGGGCCUGACCCACCACGGGGUCGGAGGGCCUCUGUCAGCCCAGCGGCGGCUUGGCCUGGAAGCACACCUGUCCGCUCUGCGAGAGGCCUCUCUGGCCUCUGAGCUGGAGCGGGAGGAGAAGCCUUCAGCCACGGCAGACGACGAGGACAUACUGGGCGGUGAAAACGAGCGCGCCCAGGCCGAGGCGGCCAGCAUGGAUAAUUCCCUGCUGCCUUAUGUCUCCAACAUGCUGUCAGCUCAACACACCCAGAUCUUCAUGUGUCCGCUGUGUAACAAGGUUUUCCCCUCCCCGCACAUCCUCCAGCUUCACCUCAGCUCCCACUUCAGGGAGCAGGAGGGCAUCCGCUCUAAGCCCGCCGGAGACGUCAACGUGCCCACCUGCACCAUCUGCAGCAAGACCUUCUCCUGCAUGUACACGCUGAAGCGCCACGAGCGGACACACUCUGGUGAGAAACCCUACACCUGCACCACAUGCGGCAAGAGCUUCCAGUACUCACACAACCUCAGCCGCCACGCAGUAGUGCAUACACGUGAGAAGCCGCACGCUUGCAAGUGGUGUGAACGGCGCUUCACGCAGUCCGGGGACCUCUACCGACACAUCCGCAAGUUCCAUUGUGAACUGGUCAACUCGCUGUCAGUGAAGAGCGAACCGCUGGCACUGCCCAAUGUCAGGGAUUGGGCGAUUGAGGACAGCUCCCAGGAACUGUGGAAGUAGAAACAGACUGCUGGGUUUGAUUAAGGGGAAAAAAUGUCAAGUGAAAGAAAGGAAGAGAGGCAUGGGGAGGUGAAGGGAGGUGGUAAAGUUUGAUAUUCGGGGUUUAAGUGAGUCAUGUUCUUGUGUGUCGCAAAAUCUCAUUCAAUUGCACUUUAAUAGCACAUGAAAAUGUUACUACUGAGUUUUUUUGUUGUUGCUGUUUGGGGUAAUUUUGUUUUAUUCUAGUUUAUUCUGAACUCUUUAUUUUUAUUUGGCGUAAGUUCUGUUUGGUGGUUUUCAUUGCGUCUAAGGACAUGGGUCCCAGUGAGAAUGUCUUGCCUUUCUGAAAAGUUUUCACUCCGUAUGUGUUUCAUCUCAGACACAACACUCCGACGCUGGCCAGCGUAUCGGUCCCGGUCCCACAGACAGCAAACACCACUGCAGGAGUUCAGGUCGAACACACUGAAGUGAAAAAGCAUUACAAUACACUAAACGGGUACUGUGAUCACAAGUCGAUACCACCACACACACAGUUUGAAGAAGUGUGUGUGUGCGUGCGUGUGUGCGUGCGUGUGUGCGUGUGUGUGUGUGUGUGCGUGCGUGUGUGUGCAAUACUGCACUACUCUGGCAAAAAUUUCACCUGACGUGCGUGAGUGUGUAUGAGUGAGUUGUGUGUGUAUUAAUUUUAUUUUCUACUGGCAUGGAGGUGUCGUUGGCGAAGCGCUCCCCGCUUCUCUUGUUAAGCUCUUUGGUGUUGUGUGUUCAGGGGAAAGCUGACUGACUGACAGACAAACUGAUGGCACUCAUGCAAUGCACAGCCUCCUUUUUUCACUUCCAAUCAAUUUGAAGUAUUUUCUAAAAAUGAAAAGACCUUUACAAAUUAUUAUUAUAAUUAUUAUUAUUAUUGUUAUUAAUAGAAUUUUUUCUUAAAUCUAGCUGGCAGUCUUUAAACCAUCUCUUGUUGAAAAGGUAUUUAAUUUAAGGUUGUUGUAUAUUGUUCUACUAUAGUUUUAAAACUUUAAUCCUUUACCAUUUUUUUAAAUUAAUGAUUAUUAUUAUUAUUAUUAUUAUUAUUAUUAUUAUUAUUUUGUUACUUUUUUUGUAAUGGGACCUGCUGUUGUUGCAUGACGUCCAAACCUGUAUAUUUUAAAAUAAAAUGUGAAUUUGCUGUAUUACUGUACACAUUGUAAUUGAUCAAAUAUUUGACGAUGGGCUUUCCUUUUCUUUUCUUUGUGAAUACUACUCCAGGGUGCGGUCUGUUGAAAAACUGAAUAUUAUUCUCACGACUAUGGGAAAAAAAUGCAUGAAAAUUUGAUUUUGUCUUAAACCUUUAGGUUGUGGUUUUUUGCGUCAGAGGGGAAAUGUUUGAACGUUACACUUUUGACAGUGAAAAGUUGGAUUUUUUUUUCUACUCUUCUCGUCUGUCGCUGGGCUCCAAGAAGAAUGUUACCGAAUGUGUUUCCGUCGGGUGUUGAAGCGAUACGAUGAAGCAUUUGAAGCCUGUGUCUAUAUGCACUGAUUUCUGCUGUGUGCGUGUGCCUGUGUGUGUGUGUGUGUGUUUAUGAGCGUGUGACUUGGUUAUUACCAGUCAAUUUAACCUACUGAAGACCUACGUCCACCCAGCACUUCCUCCACCUCCUGCUCCUGCUCCUCCUCAGGCGUUACAUUUCUCCACUGCUGCAUGUUUGUUUUCCACCUCUCACGUCUCCGUCCUCUCCAGCUCUAGACGCGGUCAAGCCAUUUCUUAAUUACAUCUGCUCACUGGGCACUUAUUUCAGGUCUGUUGGGUGCAGGUCUGUGGCUCUGGCUUGGCUACAGUGUGAAGGAUACAGAGAGAGACAGGAAGGAGAGAGGCUGAAACUCAGCUGUCCUGCGAAGGAAAGUUGAAGGGUCAGAUAUCUUUGUCACACUGUUGCAUCACGUUGAGCUGAGCUGAGCUGAGCUCAGCGAAGCCAUGCUGAUUCAGUACAGUAAACCCACCCAGCUCGGUGCAGUGCGUCUCACAUUAGACGCAGUCGUGUGAAUGCGAUGAGAUGUUUGUAUGUGUGUGUGUGUUUUCCACUUCAAACGUAAUCCUUACUCUGAGAUAGAUGGGAGAGAAUUGGCAUGCCUGAAUGCACCUUUUUAAGCUAAAAAGAUGUGAAAUCAGAUUUUUGCUAAAAAGAUGCCUUUAUUAAAAACAUUUCUGACGCUAUGGAAGUAUUUGAUACUGUAGAGCAUUGAGAAAUAGUUGUUUAAAAAUGUAUAAAUUCAAGGAAUUUAUUGAAUUUAUCACAAAAUGAUGUCUUAUUAUAUUUUGCUCAUGUGAUUGGAAAACUUUUUUUUUUUUUUUUGUAUGUUGUGUUCGGGUUGGGUCUACAUCGGUUUAAUAUUUUUUUUAACCUCUCUACCAGAAAUUUUUUGUUGUAAAUUUCAAAAUAAUGGUCAAGCGUUUAUACAAUCCAAACACAUUCAACAUAGAGAUACUGAAAAGUGAAAGCGCUACAUUUUCCCUCACUCAGACAUCUGUGUGUGUGUGUGUGUGUGUGUAUGUGUACAUGGGUGUGUGUUUGUGUGUGCAUGCCCCCACUGAUAUGCAUGUGGUGGGUGAGGUGGUUGUAUGUGCCGCCCUGUCAUCUGGUGGCACCUACAGGCUUUGCCAGUGCAACAGUGUGGGUGACAUUGCGGCAGUUUGCACCGCAUCGUCUUUCUUUUUUUUUUUCCCUCGAAACGUUAUUUCUUCACUGGCAGCAUCUCUGCAUAUGGGCUCACUCCAUCCUGCUGUUGUUUUCAUCAUUACUGCUGUUUUUUUUUUUUUUUUUUUUUUUUUUUUUUGGUUUUUUUUGUUCCGUUCUGUUCUUCUGGUUGUACUUGACCGCCUUAAACUGCUGUAGUCCGGGCUGUUUUUUUUAUUUUUUUUUAUUUUCUAAUGCGUGAGUGUAGGGUGGAGUUGUGAGAGUGAUGUCAACCGCUCACGACGAUGUGAAGUAACCACCCUGAUGAGACAUCUUCAUCUUUUUGCUGUGCUUACUUGAAAACAAAGGGGGGGAGUUUUUUUGUUUGUUUUCUUUUUUUAAAUCAAGGUAUAAAAAUAAAAUGUUCAAAUGUCAUAGACAGUUUAUGAAAAGACAGAUGGGGGGGUGGAGGGUGGGGGGCAUGAAAUGACUGAGUCUGUUUUGAAAAAGGACAAUCAUUGUCUGGGGAAAAAAAACAAGCAGAUUUUGAUUGAGAUAUAUUUGCUCCCCCUUGAGAUUAAAAAUUUUCUUUGCUUUUUCUUUUAUUUUCCUAUUUCAGAUUUAGUCAUUUUUAGCUUUGACAAUCAUAGUUGGGUUGGUUUUUUUAUUUUGUUUUUGUUUUUCUCAAGGGGAGUGAAUUCUAAUUGUGUUUAGUUUUGUAAUUUUUUGGUGUGCUGUUGUUGACAUUUUUAAAUUGUGUGCAAACUGCAAUAAAUUAUAAGAAUCUUGAAAUUCAA